UGGAGGUCUCUAGCCACCGCCAGUCCCCGCCCUAAGCCCUCCGCUCACAAAACGGGGAAAAAGUUCGAUUUUCGCAAACUUUCCGAAUCGCAACAACCACGCGAAAUAUCCUCCAGGACUCGAAGAUUCAGUCUCCGCCCAACUUCGCGGUUAAAUUGAUUGACCUCUCGUGUUCUCUACGACAAACUGUGAGUCUGCCUCUGCUCAUUCAUUCUUCGACAACGACCAGCAUUGUCGACCGUUCGUUACAUUGUCGCCGCCGUCGCGAAAAUUGUUGACGCCCUUGUCUAAUACUUCUCCGCCACAGAAAAACCAUAUUCAAGAUGAAGCACCUUGCCGCUUACCUUCUCCUCGGCCUCGGUGGCAACACCUCUCCCUCUGCCAGCGACGUCAAGGCUGUCCUUGAGUCCGUCGGCAUUGAGGCCGAUGACGAGCGCCUGAACAAGCUCAUCUCCGAGCUUGAGGGCAAGGACAUCAACGAGCUCAUCUCUGAGGGCUCUGGCAAGCUCGCCUCCGUUCCCUCUGGUGGCGCUGGUGGUGCUGCUCCCGCUGCUGGCGGUGCUGCCGCUGCCUCUGCCGAUGCCCCCGCUGAGGAGGCCAAGGAGGAGGAGAAGGAGGAGUCCGACGACGACAUGGGAUUCGGUCUCUUCGACUAAGCGCCAUUCUCACGUCCCUGAUGACAGGCCCCGCGCCCCCGUCUCAUCGAAGAAGUUAUGCAGCAAUCGACCGACGUUUUCACAUGUCAUUCGCAUGGGAAAAUCUCUCUUGGGUUGGGCUUCGGCACACGUUUGUGUAGGAACACCUGCUAGGUUCGGUCAAAUAAAAAGCUCGCUGGUUCUUUGAAUGCGCUGUGUGUCGUAUUAUUCGUGAUGUUAUCGGUGCCCUGCUUAGUAGAGGUUUAUGGUACUUGAUUUUGUGAGUGAGGUAUAUGGCAUUUGCUCUCACCCACAUUGCAGCCUGCAUCCUCGCAUAUAUGCGGGGCAACGUCUUUGCGAAGGGUUGAGUGAGCGAGGGCACGUAAUUAUACCCCUGUCUGAAAGGGAUAAUGUGGAAGACACUUCGCUUGGUAAGAAGCUUUGGCCACUUGGAGAGAGAGACGCGUGGGAAACACUGUACCGCUUUGGCCUCAGGCAUGUUAAACGAUGCAAAGCCC